AAAUAGUGCUGUAAAACAUGCGAAAUAUUCUGUCACUUAUAAUUAGGGGCGAGAAGACGUCGUAACAGCAAACGAAACAUAACAUAAACCGUCGAAACAAUUAAGUUAAAAUGCUACGCUCGAGACUAACGCAAGCUGCCUGCACCGCCAAGCGUGCACUUUCCACGACCCCCAAUAUGCUGGCCGUCAAGCAGAUGACGGUCCGAGAUGGCCUCAACAGCGCCCUGGACGAUGAACUGGCACGCGAUGAUCGCGUCUUUCUGCUCGGCGAAGAGGUCGCCCAGUACGAUGGUGCCUACAAGGUGUCGCGUGGACUAUGGAAGAAGUAUGGAGACAAACGCAUUAUCGACACACCCAUCACAGAAAUGGGUUUCGCUGGCAUUGCAGUCGGCGCUGCGAUGGCCGGUCUGCGUCCUAUCUGCGAGUUUAUGACUUUUAACUUCUCAAUGCAGGCAAUCGAUCAUGUCAUCAACUCAGCCGCAAAGACAUUUUAUAUGUCUGCAGGUGCCGUAAAUGUGCCCAUCGUGUUCCGUGGCCCCAAUGGCGCAGCUGCUGGUGUUGCAGCCCAGCAUUCGCAAUGUUUUGCCGCGUGGUAUGCUCAUUGUCCCGGAUUGAAAGUGGUAUCGCCAUACGACACGGAAGAUGCACGUGGCCUGCUCAAGUCGGCUAUAAGGGAUUCCGAUCCGGUCGUAGUGCUAGAGAACGAACUGAUGUAUGGCGUUGCAUUCCCCGUCGACGAUAAUGUGACAGAUGUGGAUUUCUUGGUACCCAUUGGCAAGGCAAAGAUCAUGAAGCCGGGCAAGGACAUCACAAUUGUGUCGCACUCCAAGGCUGUGGAAACGUCUCUACUUGCUGCCGCUGAAUUGGCCAAGAAGGGCAUUGAUGCUGAAGUCAUCAACCUGCGUUCCAUUCGUCCCUUGGACAUGGAAACCAUAUUCGCUUCAGUUCGCAAAACACACCAUUUGAUCACCGUUGAAAACGGCUGGCCCCAACAUGGCGUUGGUGCGGAAAUCUGCGCUCGCUUUAUGGAGGAUCAGCACUUCUUUGAAUUGGACGCGCCUGUUUGGCGCUGCUGUGGUGUUGAUGUUCCCACGCCCUAUGCGAAGACAUUGGAAAUUAAUGCCAUUCCCCAAGUGCAUGAUGUGUUAGCCGCUGCCCUCAAGGUGCUCGGCAGUAAAGCGGGCAAAAAGUAGACCAAAAAAAAAACGAUAUUAGAUCAACAUUUGCGUAGCAGCACAGACUGCACCUUAAUUAUUAAUGAACAGUCCUAAAUCAAGUCCAAACCGAUGCGCAUGUGUUGUCUCCAAAUUUUACAAAUAGCGCAACGAAAUCGAAACGUGAAGUUAUUAUUGGGGAUGCAACGUUUGUCCCUGUUUUCAUUUAGAUGGGUUCUUAUUUGGUUAUAGAAAUCUCUGCUUUAAAAUAAAACUAACAUAAUGUCAUAAAUGGAAAA